AUGUCUACGACCACCCACUUCUACGCCGACGCCGUCCUCUUUGACAUGGACGGCACGCUCACCGACUCCAUCGCUGCCGUCGAGGCCGCCUGGGGCAAGGUGGCCAAGGACAUCGGCCGCGACCCCGAAUACGUGAUCGCCGCCACCCACGGCAAGCGCGCCGUCGACAACCUCGCCCAGUUCAAGCCCCACAUCAAGGCGCACGAGAUGGACGGCGAGGUCCAAGCCUUCGAGGAGUCCAUCCUCUACUUCGCCGACGCCUACCACAAGCACGGCCCCGGCUCGCUCCCCACCUCCCCCGUCUCCUCCGGCGCCGCCACCCCCGCGCUCUCCUCCGCCAGCGGCUCCACCCCGUCCUCCCGCACGAGCUCGCGCGCGCCCUCCUUCGCCGGCAACCUCGCCCAGCUCGCCGCCAUCCGCCGCCCGUCCUUCCUCUCCCGCGUCUCGAGCCUGCUCUCCAUGGCCCCCGCGAUCCCCGAGGGCGACGCCGCGACGUUUGAGGACCCGAUCAUCGAGGAGGGCGACGAGGAGACUGAGUGCCAGGAGUGGCGCGAGCGCGCGGUCAAGCAGCACCAGCUCGAGGCGUGGCAACUCGAGGCGUGCGCCGUCGACCGCUCCGUGCGCAUCCUGCCCAGCGUGAAGCGCAUCAUGGACUCGAUCCCGAAGGGACGCUACGCCGUCGCGACUUCCGGUGCCAAGACCUAUGCUUACGGCUGCAUGACCCGCGUCGGCAUCACCCCACCUCCCGUCACCAUCACCGCGGACGACAAGCGCCUCAAGGCUGGCAAGCCUGCGCCGGACCCGUUCCUGCUCGCCGCGAAGGAGCUUGGCUUUGACGCGAAGAAGUGCGUCGUCUUCGAGGACUCCCCCUCGGGUAUCCGCGCAGGCGUCGCUUCGGGCGCGACAGUCAUCGCUGUUUGCACCAGUCACGAGCGCUCGAAGAUCGAGAACUGCGGCGCGCACUACAUCGUCGACACCAUGGACAAGAUCAAGAUCGAGACUGAGGGCGACCGCCUCAAGUUCGUCGUCUCGCAGUGA